AUGGACCGCGACAAUGACCUGCCGCCGCCUACCAAUUCAGAACCUACCUCGACCACUACUUCGCCCCGAGCCAGCGUCUUCGCUUCCUUCCCUCGCCAACCUCCUCCCAACUCGAAUGCAAACCCCCGCGGCAGGACUCCCCAAUCGAGAAGGGUCAGCAGUAGCACAGUCAACAGUGCGAGUCCGAGCACAGAACGUCCCGAACAAGACAAGCCCGUACCUAUCGGCAAGAUUGGUGUCUGCGCCCUGGACAGCAAGGCCAGAAGCAAGCCCAGCCGCAACAUCCUCAACAGACUGAUCAAGGAGGGCGAGUUUGAGGUCAUUGUCUUUGGCGACAAGGUCAUUCUGGACGAAGAUGUCGAAAACUGGCCCAUCUGCGACUUCCUCAUUUCCUUCUUCUCAGACGGAUUUCCGCUGGACAAGGCUAUAGCAUACGCCAAACUGCGCAAACCCUUCUGUGUCAACGACCUGCCCAUGCAGACUAUCCUCUGGGACCGCCGCAUCUGUCUACAAAUCCUUACAAAACUCAACGUACCUACGCCCGAGCGUGUCGAAGUCAAUCGUGAUGGAGGUCCCAAGGUUCAGUCAGCCGACAUUGCUCAGAGAUGCUACGAAAAGACUGGUCUCAAAUUCCCGGUAUUAGGCAGCCAGCCCGAAACCGAAGCACAACAAACAGCAAAUCCUGUCGUGGAAUUGCUAGACGACGGCGACACAAUCUCGGUCGAUGGCAAAACGUUGACCAAACCUUUUGUCGAGAAGCCUACCGACGGAGAAGAUCACAACAUCCACAUCUACUACCCCAAGAGCCAAGGUGGAGGCGGCAGGAGACUGUUCCGCAAGGUUAACAACAAGAGCUCGGAAAAGGAUGAGACUCUCACAGUACCCAGAUCCAUCACGGAGCCUGGAAGCAGCUACAUCUACGAGCAGUUCCUUAAGGUGGAGAAUGCCGAAGAUGUCAAGGCCUACACUGUCGGACUCGACUACUGCCAUGCCGAAACCAGAAAAUCUCCCGUCGUUGAUGGUGUUGUCAAGCGCAACCCCAAUGGCAAGGAAGUUCGUUACGUUACCAGCCUGACCAAGGAGGAAGCUGGCAUGGCCUCUAGGAUUGCCGACGGCUUCGGACAGCGCGUUUGUGGUUUUGAUCUGCUACGCGUAGGCGAAAAGAGCUACGUUAUCGACGUCAACGGCUGGAGUUUCGUCAAGGACAACAACGACUAUUACGACAAGUGCGCCAACAUCCUCAAGAGCAUGUUCAUUCGUGAGAAGAUCAGAAUCGACAACAACAGGCGAGAGCAACAACAGCAGCAGCAACAGCAGCAGCAAAACACAUCUGCGCCUACCUCUGCUUCCGAAGACAACUACGAAAGAGAGGCUCCUGGCACGCAUCGCAAGAGCACUUUGUCCAGUCACCGCAGCCAUCUCAAGUCAGUUUUCCGUUCCGCCAGUGCUAACAGAUUGAGGGAAAUGGCCAACAAGAAGCCUGGCUCGCCCGAGAUUUCUCAGCUCCCGUCUCCCAUCACCUCUCCGCCAAGCUUUGGAAAUCUGCCCAUGCCUCGAAGCCCUGGCAUCCCUCAAGACAGCCAACUCCCACCGCCUGCCGUGCCUGACGAGAAUCACCAGUAUCAAAGUCUGCAAGAGUCAAUCCACGAGGCCGACGAACACACAGAGCCUGUACCUGCACCUGCAUCCAAGUCGCAAUGGAAGCUCAAGGGUAUGGUCGCUGUCAUUCGUCAUGCCGAUCGUACACCCAAGCAGAAAUUCAAAUUCACCUUCCACACCAAACCCUUCGUCGACCUGCUCAAGGGUCAUCGCGAGGAAGUCUUGCUUGUUGGUGAGGCUGCUCUGAGGAGUGUCCAAGAAGCCGUCCAACAAGCUUUGCUCGAGGGUGAGGAAGACCAGACCAAACUUCGCACACUGUCAAAUGCUCUUGACAAGAAGGGAAGCUGGCCCGGCACAAAGGUUCAAAUCAAGCCCAUGUUCCGCAAGAGAAGACAGGAAGAAUUGCCAGCCGAACUCCAGGACAAAGUCACACUUGAUCAGGAUGGCAACGCCAAGCCAAAGCCCACUCCUCUGCAGGGCGAGGAAGCUAAUCACUCACGUGGAGACUCCAUGGCAGACGUUACUCUGUCUAGAAUCUCUGCUGCUGAGAACAAUCUUGUGCUUGAUAAGCUACAGCUCGUCAUGAAGUGGGGUGGUGAGCCUACCCACUCUGCCCGUUACCAGGCCCAGGAUCUUGGUGAGAACAUGCGCAACGAUCUACUCUUGAUGAAUAAGGAUGCCCUCAGAGACGUCCGUGUCUUCUCAUCUUCCGAACGCCGUGUAUCCACCAGUGCCCAGAUCUUCACUGCUUCAUUCUUGGAUCAGAAAGAGCUUGACCCAGACUUCAUCUCUGUUCGCAAGGAUCUACUCGAUGACUCGAAUGCAGCCAAGGACGAGAUGGACAAGGUCAAGAAGAAGCUGAAGGGUCUCCUCCGCCAGGGUAAGCAAGCACCCGACCAAUUCGCCUGGCCUAAGGAUGGCACUCCCGAACCUUACUUGGUUGUCCGCAGCGUUGUCGAAUUGAUGAAGUUCCAUCGUCGUGUCAUGCUUCAGAACUUCACCAAGCUUCGUCCUGAAAGUGAGGGCGGAGCGCCCAUCAAGAGUCCUCCCAGCAACGCCUCUUCAGCCAGUCUCGCGGACAGUGCCCCAGACUUUGUGGAUCCCAAGCAGGUCCAAUCUAGAUGGUGCUGCGGUGAAGACGCUUCGUUGUUCAAGGAACGCUGGGAGAAGCUCUUCAAGGAAUUCACCGAUGCCGAGAAGGUCGACCCUAGUAAGAUCAGUGAGCUCUAUGACACGAUGAAGUUUGAUGCUCUGCACAACCGACAGUUCCUCGAGUGGGUGUUCACUCCCAGCAGCGAUAUGGUUGAUGACGACCACGAGCGUCCUGAUACUCUGAAGCGCACUGCCUCUGCAGCUUUGAGAGAGGAGUUUGGUCAAACUCACGAGGGUCUUGCACCCACCAAGGAUGGGUCUGCCGUUGUAAAUGAUGUCCAACCCACCAAGCAGCAAGGAGAGAAUGAGAACAAUGAUGGCAAGGACAAAGACAAGCUUUCCACCAUGUCAAGCUUGAGAAGACGCUCAGAGAACGCCCAAACCACAUUCAAGAAUGCUCAAGCUACCCUGGCAAACCGUGUCUCUGGUCAUCCUGAGUCCUACUUCUCACUAUUCACUGGCAACAGAGACCUUCCCGAGUCAAAGGCUAAGAUUGAUGUACGCCUGGAAAAGCUUAGAGAGCUUUACCGCUUCUCGAAAGUCUUGUUUGACUACAUCGGUCCUCAAGAGUAUGGUAUGCUGGAGAGCGAGAAGUUGGAGAUUGGACUCUUGACAAGUUUGCCAUUGCUCAAGGAGAUUGUGACUGAUUUGGAAGAAGAAGACGCCAAGUCAUUCAUAUACUUCACCAAAGAGUCGCACAUCUAUACUCUUCUCAACUCCAUCAUCGAGGGAGGCGUUCAAACCAAGAUCGCUCGCAAUGCCAUUCCUGAACUCGACUACCUUUCGCAGAUCUGCUUCGAGCUUUACGAGUCACAGAACGAAGCGUCCAGCGACGAUCCAGAAGGCAGCAACUUCAAUUACAAAGCUUGA